UAUGCAGCCCCAACAGAGUUUAAAAAACUUGUUCCUCAGAACAAAUGGAUUAAUCAAAAUAAAGCCUAAAGUUAGAGUUACUGACAAUUAUACUCUUUCCCUCGUCUAUACUCCUGGAGUUGGCCAUAUUUGUAAGGUGAUCCAAAAAGACCCUGAUUAACUGUAUGAUUUGACAAUAACUGGAAAUUCAAUUGCACUUCUUGCUGAUGGAUCAAGUAAAUAUAUAUAUACAUUAUCCCAUAGAAUUCAACCUCCCUCGUUCAUCUAAGAUGAUUCCUAAUCUAGAAGCCAUUAGUGCUUUAUAUAAAGCAUUUUAUGAUGUUGAUGCCUAUCCUAUAAUCUUGGAUAGAAAUAUUAUGACAGAUGUAUCUGAUUAUGUUCUAGUUAUGGACAAUUUGUCACCUACAUAUAAAGUAUUUUUUUAGUCUAUUUUUAGACUAUAGUUUUAAUUGACAUCGAAGAUACUUUAGCUUCACAAAUACUAACAGCUGUAGAAAAUGCCAAUCUAUAAUGUACUGUGAUUAUUUCAAACUCACACAAUUUGAGGGAAUAACUAUAUGAUGCUGCGUUGGUCAAGGCUACUCUUGAUGCAAGAGCUAUUCUUAAACCCUCUUAAUGUGAAUAAAUAAAAAAAUCAAUUACAACAAUUGAUUUUACAAAUUUACCAUCCUAUUUGACUAUCACAUUAAAUAAAGCUUAUGCUCAAGGAUUACAAGAAAUCUACAAUAAUAAAUGGUGUCAUCAUACUGUUUCAAAUAUUAAACCAGAAAUCUUUAUUAAUAAAUUAAAUGAUCUUUAUAUAUAUGGAGAGGUUGCUUAUUAUAACAAAUGGUCUAAUGAUCAUCUGUUAUAAAAUAAUGAUUUCAAUUAGAAUUCUUUAGAAUUACAUAAAAGAUACAAUGGAAUGAUUACAAUCGAACUCAAGUUUAAUCCAAGAUCCCUUGAAGAUUUGUUUAGAAUUUAUGAAACAUCUUACUAAUAAGAUGAAUUGGCAUAACUUAGACAAAUACUUAUAGAUGAUCCAACAAAAUUAAGAGAAAUUACUUUUAAAAAGAAUUAUGCUGCCAUCAUAACAAAUGGUACAGCCAUUCUUGGUUUGGGUAAUAUUGGACCAUCAGCAGGAUCACCAGUUAUGGAAGGCAAAUCUGUUUUAUUCAAUGCAUUAGGAGGUAUAGAUUUAAUGCCAAUCUGUCUUAAAGAGAAAGAUCCUCAUAAAUUAGUUAGAAUUAUUAAAUGGUAUUUCCAAUAUAAAUAUAUUAAAGCAUUGCUCCUAUAUUUUCAGCCAUUAAUUUAGAAGAUUUAAGAGCUCCUGAUUGUUUCCCAAUAGAAGAAGAAGCAGUUCAUAGUUUACAUAUUCCAUUAAUGCAUGAUGAUUAACAUGGAACAGCUGUUGUUAGUUUAGCAGCUGUCAUAAAUUAUCUAAAAUUAACUAAGAAAAAUGUGAAGGAUUUAAAAUUAGUUAUAAAUGGAGCUGGGUAUAUAUAUUUGAUAAAAUUAUUAUAGUGCUGCUGGUGUUGCAAUUUGUAAAUUAUUACAUGGACAUGGAAUAGAAGAUAUUGUAAUGUGUGAUACAUCAGGAAUCAUUUAUGAAGGUAGACCAUAAAAUAUGAACAAUUUUAAAAAUGAUUUAGCCAAAUUCACUAAUAAAAAUAAAAUUUAAGGUUCACUUGCAGAUGCAGUUAAAGGAAGAGAUCUCUUUGUUGGAGUAUCUAGUGCUGUAAUUCUAAAUAUAAUAAUUAUAUAGGGUGCUUUAACUUAAGAUAUGGUCAAAGCAAUGAAUAAAGAUCCUUUUAUUUUAGCUUUAGCCAAUCCUGUUCCUGAAAUAAUGCCUGAUGAAGCAAUUGAAGCUGGUGCAUUCAUAGUUGCUACAGGAAGAUCAGAUUUCAAUAAUUAAGUCAAUAAUUCUUUGGCUUUCCCAGGUAUAUUUAGAGGUGCUAUUGAUACAAGAGCUAAAGAGAUUAAUUUGGAAAUGAAGGUAUUAUUUAUAUUAUAAUAAAUAUAUAGAUUGCUGCUGCUUAUGCUAUAGCCAAUAGUAUCAAAGAAUCAGAACUUAGUACAACAAAGAUUUUACCAGGAGCUUUGACAGCAGAAAUUCCAGCUAAUGUUGCUAGAGCUGUUGCUAUAGCUGCUAUGAAGACAGGUGUUGCCAAAGUUAAUGUAGAUCCUGAGAAAGUUUUUGAUGAAACAAGAAAAUUAAUUAUGGAAGGACAUUUAGCAGGCAUUUGAUU